AUGAGCCCGUCAACAGACCAACCGCCUUUAUCCCGCGCGCACACACACACACACACACACACUUCCAACAGCAGCUGCUUUCCAGUGCAGAGCUGCACCCAUCUACUGUUCCACACAUCAGCCUGAACACACACACACACACACACAGAGAACAGAACCCUCAUCACGUAACGAUCUGUGGGUGAUGUGAUGUGUUCUCGGGUGGAACAGCGGUCUGCUCCUGGAUAUUAUUGUGCCAAAGAAAGGACAGACUGGCUGGUAGUCCGGCUAAACGCUAUUAGCUUGCGGGCUAACAGCAGCUGCAUGAAUUAAGCCAUUCUGGAAUUAAACCAGCCACCCUGCAUCUGUAUGGAAAAACCCUCAGGACCACAUCUGUGCAGCGUGCCGUUUUAAAAUCCAAACCAUGUUCAACCUGAUGAAAAAAGACAAGGAGAAGGAUGGGAUCCGGAAGAAGGAGAAGAAAGACAAGCGGGAACGCAUGUCCGCCGCCGAGCUGCGCAGCCUGGACGAGAUGAGCAUGAGGCGCGGCUUCUUCAACCUGAACCGCAGCUCAAAGCGCGACUCGCGCAACAAGCCGGAAAUCUCCAACCCCAUUCCCAUCAAAGUGGCCAGCAGCACAGAGAUCGGCCUCAACGACAUCGAGUCGGACGGUCUCAGCAACCGCAGCAGCGUGGUGCUCGACUUCGAGCAGCUCAGUGCCGCCAGCUCCAGCGACGACCUGAAGGGAGACUACGGCACCUCCGUGCGGGAACGGGCUGCUAAGUUCGGCUCUCUGGCAUCUCACAGCUCGCAGAUGAGUCAGAUAAUGAAGCGCUUUUCCUUCUCGCAGAGGAGCAAGGAGGAGAGCUUUUCAGAAGGUUCUACACCGUCGGGCCAGAACUCCGCUGCCCCGUCACCUCAGGUCGAGACUAAGAUCAUGGACCUGCAGUGGAAGCAAAGCUUUCAGCAGCAGAUAUCUAACGGGAAGAAGGUUCACCUCCCAGAAUUAGUGGAGAAAACCUUCCCGGCUAGUCUGCGCCUUCCCGUCGUCGUUCCUCCGCCGACCCCUCAGACUCGCGAGCUGGAGCUACAGCGGCGUAACACGGGCGAUUUCGGCUUCUCCCUUCGCCGCACUAUGAUGCUGGACCGGGCAGCCGACGGCACCGUGUACCGCCGCGUGGUGCACUUCGCAGAGCCCGGUGCCGGCACCAAGGACCUGGCGCUGGGGCUGGUGCCCGGAGAUCGUCUUGUGGAGAUCAACGGACGCAACGUGGAAAGCAAGAGCAGGGACGAGAUCGUGGAGAUGAUCAGGCAGUCGGGGGAUUCGGUGCGGCUGAAGGUGCAGCCCAUUCUGGAGCUGAGCGAGCUGAGUCGCUGCUGGCUCAGAAACACGGACGGGCCGCGGCGGGACGCUUUAGACGGACAGGUGGAGGACGAUCCCGUGGCCAUCCUGCAGGCGGCCCAUGCCGCCGUCGCUCAGCCUAAGGUGAAGACUGAGGAGCAGAUAGCUGCCGAGCAGGCGUGGUAUGGCUCCGAGAAAGUGUGGCUGGUCCACAAGGAUGGCUUCUCUCUGGCCAUUCUGCUGAAGACAGAGCAGGGCGCCCUGCCCGAGGGGAAGGUGAAGAUCAAACUGGAACAUGAUGGGACAGUGCUUGAGGUGGAUGAAGACGACGUGGAGAAGGCGAACCCUCCUUCUUUUGACCGCUCCGAGGACUUGGCGACUCUGCCCUACCUGAACGAGUCGAGCGUGAUGCACUGUCUGAGGCAGCGCUAUGGAGGAAACCUCAUCCAUACUUACGCCGGACCCAACAUGGUGGUCAUCAACCCCAUCAGUGCUCCAUCCAUGUACUCUGAGAAGGUGAUGCACAUGUUUAAAGGCUGUAGGCGCGAGGACACGGCACCACAUAUCUACGCUGUGGCCCAGUCAGCCUACCGGAACCUUCUCACCACACGGCAAGACCAGUCCAUCGUGCUGCUGGGCAAAAGUGGCAGCGGCAAGACCACCAACUGCCAGCACCUGGUGCAGUACCUGCUUUCCAUUGCUGGCAGCACUGGCAAGAUCUUUUCAGCAGAGAAAUGGCAGGCGGUCUACACAAUCCUGGAGGCGUUUGGGAACUGUACCACCUCCAUGAAUUCCAACGCCAGCCGCUUUUCCCAGAUCGUCUCUCUAGACUUCGAUCAGGCCGGACUGGUGGCCUCAGCAUCCAUCCAGACGAUGCUCCUGGAGAAGCUGAGGGUGGCAAAGAGACCAGAGAAUGAGUCCACUUAUAAUGUCUUUUACUAUCUGAUGGCUGGGGCAGACAGCAAUCUUAGAACUGAGCUGCAUUUGAACCACUUUGCUGAAAACAACAUCUUUGGAAUAAUUCCUCAGACCAAGCCUGAGGACAAGCAGAAGGCAGCACAACAGUUCACAAAGCUGCAGGCAGCAAUGAAGGUGCUCGGUAUCUCAUCUGACGAGCAGAGAGCUCUCUGGCUCAUACUAGGGGCCAUCUACCACUUAGGAGCCGCAGGGGCCACCAAAGCUGGUCGUAAACAGUUCGCACGUCAUGAGUGGGCUCAGAAGGCGGCUUAUCUCUUGGGCUGCACCCUCGAAGAGCUCUCCUCGUCCAUCUUUAAACACCAGCCCAAAGGAACCCUGCAGAGAUCCACCUCCUUCCGACAGGGACCGGAUGAUAGCGGAUCUGGAGAGAGCUCAGGGACAAAAAUCACCGCUCUGGAGUGUUUGGAGGCCAUGGCUGCUGGACUCUAUUCAGAACUUUUUACUCUUAUCAUCUCUCUUAUUAACAGAGCGCUAAAAUCAAGUCAGCACUCUCUGUGCUCUCUGCUGAUUGUUGACACGCCGGGUUUCCAGAACCCUCGGCUGGCUAAACGCGGCGCCACGUUUGAAGAGCUGUGCCACAACUACACGCAGGAAUGCCUGCAGGCCCUUUUCCAGGAGCGCACGUUUGUACAGGAGCUGGACCGAUACAAGGAGGAAAACAUAGAGCUUGCUUUAGAUGACAUAGAGUCCAGUACGUCUUUAUCUGUAGCUGCUGUAGACCAGGCCUCAACUCAAGCGCUGGUGAGGUCGUUAGCGAGGACCGAUGAGGCGCGGGGAUUGCUGUGGCUGAUGGAGGAGGAGGCUCUACAGCCGGGAGGCUCUGAGGACACUCUGCUGGAGCGUCUAUUUAGCUACUACGGCCCCACAGAGGGGGAGGUGAAAGGUCAGAACCUGCUGCUGAAGAGUGAGAAGUCACAUCACUUUCUGAUGGGACACAGUCACGGCACAGAAUGGGUGGAAUAUAAUGUUUUGGGGUGGCUAAGCCAUGCUAAGCAGAACCCGGCCUUCCAGAAUGCUGCCACUCUGCUGCAGGACUCGCAAAAAAAGAACAUCAGUGGGCUGUUCAUGGGUCGUUCAGGUGGUGCCACCGUUCUGUCGGGCUCCAUCGCUGGCCUGGAGGGCGUCUCUCAGCUGGCCCUGCGCCGAGCCACCAGCAUAAGAAAGACUUUCACCACCGGCAUGGCUGCGGUCAAGAAGAGGUCCAUGUGUAUCCAGAUCAAGCUGCAAGUGGACGCUCUCAUAGACACAGUGAGACGCUCCAGGGUGCAUUUCCUGCACUGCCUGCUGCCCAAGGAGGAGGCUUUAAGCGGAGAGCCACGGGCGCACGGAGAGAGCUGUGAUAACGGCCUCAUGCAGCUGGACGUGGUGCUGCUGCGCGCUCAGCUCAGGGGCUCCAAACUGCUCGAUGCUCUGCGCAUUUACCGUCAAGGUUACCCCGAUCACAUGGUGUUCUCCGAGUUCCGUCGCCGCUUCGACGUCCUUGCACCCCAUCUGACUAAAAAGCACGGACGGAACUACAUUGUUACUGAUGAGAAGAGGGCUGUGGAGGAGCUACUGGAGUUUCUGGAGCUGGAGAAAAGCAGCUAUCACAUGGGCAUAAGCAGGGUGUUCUUCAGGGCAGGGGUUCUGGCCAGGCUGGAGGAACAGAGGGACCUGCAGACCAGACGCAACCUCACCCUCUUCCAGGCCACCUGCAGGGGAUUCCUUUCACGCCAGGCCUUCAAAAAGAGAAAGAUCCAGGAUUUGGCCAUCCGUUGCAUCCAGAAGAACAUUCAAAAGAACCGUGGUGUGAAGGGCUGGCCCUGGUGGAAGCUCUUCACCACGGUGCGGCCACUCAUCCAGGUGCAGCUGACCGAGGAGCAGAUCCGAGGCAAAGACGAGGAGAUUCAGCAGCUGAAGCAAAAGCUGGAGAAAGUGGAGAGAGAGAGAAACGAACUACGACUCAACACAGACCGUUUAGAAAGCAAGAUCACAGAGCUUUCAUCAGAACUGGCCGAUGAACGAAACACGGGUGAAUCUGCCUCUCAGCUGCUCGAGUCUGAGACCUCCGAGAGACUCCGGCUGGAGAAAGACAUGAAGGAUCUUCAGGCCAAGUACGACUCCAUGAAGAAGCAAAUGGAGUCUAUGGAGAUGGAGGUGAUGGAGUCUCGGCUCAUUAACGCUUCUGACCUCAACGGAGAGAUGGACGAUGAUGACGCUGGAGGUGAAUGGAGACUGAAGUAUGAGCGAGCUGUCCGAGAGACUGAAUUCACCAAGAAGAGGCUGCAGCAGGAGUUUGAUGACAAGCUAGAGGUUGAGCAGCAGAACAAGAGGCAGCUGGAAAGACGGCUGACGGAUUUGCAGGCAGAUAAUGAGGAGGUGCAGCGGGUCACACAGCAGCUGAAGAAGAAAUGCCAGAAACUGACAGCUGAGCUGCAAGACACCAAACUGCACCUAGAGGGCCAGCAGAGCCGCAAUCAUGAGCUGGAGAAGAAACAGAGGAAAUUUGACUCUGAGCAGAAUGUGGCUCAGGAGGAAGUGCAGAAAGAGAGAAGUCUGCGAGAGAAGCUAAGUCGAGAGAAAGAUGUGCUGACUGGAGAAGUAUUCAGCAUUCGACAGCAACUGGAGGACAAAGAUCUGGAAAUGUGCGCACUCAAUCUGAAGCUGGAACAAAUGGAGGCUGAGCUGCAGGAUCUAAACUCUCAGGAGUCAAAGGAUGAGGCCUCACUGGCCAAGGUCAAAAAGCAGCUCCGUGACCUGGAAGCAAAAGUCAAAGAUCAGGAGGAGGAGCUUGACGAACAAGCUGGAACCAUACAGAUGCUGGAGCAGGCGAAGCUGCGUCUGGAGAUGGAGACGGAGAGGCUCAGGCAGACUCACUCCAAAGAGAUUGAGAGCAAAGAUGAAGAGGUGGAGGAGAUCAGACAGUCCUGCAGUAAGAAGCUGAAGCAGAUGGAGGUGCAGUUGGAGGAAGAGUAUGAAGACAAACAGAAGGUCCUUAAGGAGAGGAGAGAACUGGAAGCCAAGCUACUGUCUGCUCAAGAUCAGGUCAGCCACAGAGACGUAGAGACAGAAAAGCGACUCCGGAAGGAUCUGAAGCGCACCAAAGCCUUGCUGGCUGAUGCUCAGAUCAUGCUUGACCAUCUAAAGAACAAUGCACCUAGCAAGCGAGAGAUUGCUCAACUUAAGAAUCAGCUGGAGGAAUCAGAGUUCACGAGUGCUGCGGCCGUUAAGGCCCGUAAGUCGAUGGAAGCCGAGCUGGAGGACCUGCAUGUCCAGAUGGACGACAUCUCCAAAGCCAAGCAGGCGUUGGAGGAGCAGCUUAGCCGGGUGCAGCGAGAAAAGAAUGACCUGCAGUCACGCAUGGAGGAGGACCAGGAGGAUAUGAACGAACUCAUGAAGAAGCACAAAGCUGCUGUUGUUCAGUGCUCUCAGAGCCUGGCACAGGUCAGUGAGCUUCAAACUCAGCUAGAAGAAGCUGUAAAGGAGAAACAGGAAAUUCAGGAAAAGUUCACAGCACUGCAGAGUCAGGUGGAGUUUCUGGAACAGUCCACAGUGGAAAAAUCUUUAGUCAGCAGACAAGAGGCUAAAAUCCGUGAGAUGGAAUCCAAGCUGGAGUUUGAGAAGACACAAGUGAAACGUCUGGAGAGUCUGGUGUCCAGGCUGAAGGAGAACUUGGAAAAGUUGACAGAGGAGCGUGACCAGCGUAGCGCCAGUGAAAACCGUGAGAAGGAGCAGAACAAGCGGCUGCAGCGUCAAAUCCGGGACAUUAAAGAGGAGAUUGCUGAACUUGCCAAGAGGGAGGGUGAAGCCAGUCGCAAAAAGCAUGAGCUGGAAAUGGACAUUGAGAGUUUGGAAGCUGCAAAUCAGAGUCUGCAGGCUGACCUCAAGCUGGCCUUCAAAAGAAUUUCUGACCUGCAGGCUGCUAUCGAGGAUGAGAUGGAAAGUGAUGACAACGAGGAUCUUAUUAAUAGUCUGCAAGACAUGGUGACUAAAUAUCAGAAACGAAAGAACAGAAUUGAGGGGGACUCGGAUUCCGGCUCUGAAGUAGACGACCGCGUUGACGCCGUGAAGUCUUGGCUCUCAAAAAGCAAGGGCUCAGCCAAGAAUCUGUCAGAUGACGGCAGCCUAAAAAGUUCAAGAUAUGCUAACACUGAUGCCAAAGAAGGAAAGGACUGGAAAGAAAAUGGCAAGGAAGGUAAAGAGCUAGAGCAGAGCAGGCCCAUGUCUGUGAUGAGUUCACUAAGUUACAGAAAAUGCUCCAGCCUGAAGGACAAAGGGGAUGAGAGCGCUCUCUUCAGCACCCUUAAGGAGAAGGAUGACUCUCAGGAGUUCACUUCCUUCAGCAAAAGCAAAUCCAAGCUUGAUCUCAUGGAUGACUCCUACUCAGUGAGGUCAUGGAGGAAGGAUGAUUUUGAUGGCAGGAGCUCGGUUAUGUCCCGGGCCUAUUCAGGGGCAGGCAGCAGAGGCAGGAAGGGUACGGAUAGCCGCUGGUCAGAGCUGGACAAGGAGUCGGUUGUGUCACCAAUAAGCCAUAGCCAAGCCUCCUGGUUUGAUGAUGCAAAGUCCUGUGUAAGCACUACAAGUGCUCUGAGCCGGCGUCGAAGCAUGUCCCGUCUAGACGAUCGCCAGAGCGAGCGUGGCUCGGCAUUGAGCCCUGCCCUGAGCUGUAGGAGCCCCGGCAGCACUGGCCGUAAAAGCCCUGGCAGUGUAAGCCGCGCUGACUCUCGCAUAUCUCUGAGUCGCAGCUGCCGCCUCAGCGAGUUUGAUAUAGAUGACGAUGCCAUGAGUGUGGCCUACAGUGAUAGGCACUCCGGCUCCUACAGCCCCCAUCACUCCUCCAGUGGCCGCAGCAUGUCAAUGCCACCACGGGCAAGAACCACUGACACUGAACUACCAGAUACCACCGACCUCAAGCCUGUCAGUCACCGCAACUACCUGGAUCCAGACCUGGAAGCAGCAAUCAAUGAGGUGCUGAAUUUCAAGCCCAUCAAAUUCAAGCGGAGUAGCUUGGAUGACUCCGAGGCUGAGGUUGGCCAGCCAAAGAUGCAGCUGCAGGACGAAGACGAGGAGGAUGGUAGGAUGAGCGUGAGGUCCGGCGGGGAGAGCAGCCGCAGCUCCUCCAGCUUGAGGCGCUCCGCAUCGGCGGUGGACUUUCACCGCUCCAGUAGCAGCAUGAGCAGCCGCAGCAGGAAGAAAAGCAAAGACAGGAGGAAGAGGAGCAACAGCUCGGGCUCCUCCGAGAAUGAGCGCAAGAAGAAGGCCUCAAAGAAAAAACAAAAGAAGAAGAAGAAGUCGUCGAAGAAGGAGUCAUCCUCUUCCUCUUCUUCCUCCUCUGAAUCGGAGUCUAGCUCAGAGUCAGACUCCAGCUCAGGAGCCUCCACUAUUUCCUAUCGAAGCACUAGCAGCAUUAAAAAGGCUCCUGCUAAAAAGACGUUGUCUUCAGAAGAGGAAGGUGAACCAAGAGGAUCAUCUGAAUCAGCUCCAUCACUCAGCAAGAAACAGGACAAGAAAAGAAAGAAGAAUGUGGACAGUGUGAUGAUGAAGUAUCUGUACAGACCUGACAGUGAUUAAAAACAGCACCCCCCCUCUGGCCGAAGACGCUUUUGCCUUGACAGAUCUGACGAGGAAGAAGAGGAGGAGAAGAAGGAAAGGGGAGCGGCCCGAAGC